CUGUGCAGUCACACGGCUCCUGCAUGCUGGUGGGGGCCGAGGAGGAGUGUCUCGGCCAAUGUCUCUACGAGGCAAAGGAGACUCGGAGGGCGGCCGGGAGGGGCGCGGCCUCCGCGGACCAUAACGCGCUUGCGCCAGAGGCGUCCACACCGGAAGCGGCGGCUGAAGAAGGAGGAGGAGGGUGGAAUUGUUUGGGAGUGUGAUAUAGUCGGGGCCUGCUGCUGCUCUCACAGCUUUUGGCCUAAGGCACCCGGCUUGGCCCGGCCAUGAGCUGCCGGGGGGCUCUGCCAAGCGAGCGAGGAGCGCGACAGAGGAAAAGGCGACGAAAUGGCACAGAGGAUGAUGGACACAUCCCACAAACGAAACGCAGUAGCCGAAAUGCAGUUUUUCAGGACUCCUGGGAUACUGAGUCCUCCAGUAGUGAGAGUGGCAGCACCAGUAGUUGCAGCAGCAGCAUCAUAAGUAGUCCUGACAGAGCUUGUGGGCCAGAAACCAGCCUACACCAGAUAAUGCCAGGAUCAAGCCCAGUGACCCUGCCUCAGUCUUUCCAGGAGCAGUCUGCACUAUGUCAAGGUCCUUACUUCCACAUCAACCAGAUCCUGAAGGAGGCACACUUCCACAGCUUACAGAGCAGGGGCCGUCCUCCAACAUGAUGAGCCCAGCAGCGCCCUGCCUUCUGUGAAGGGGGAUAACACUGUGUGAUGGAAUACUUCAACUUAAAAGUUUGUUAAAAUUGCACAAAAUGCCUGUUGCCUUUUCAGUUUGUAUUUGGAAUAACAGGUUAACAGGCAAUUGUUUACUUGUGGUUUGCUGCACUAUUGAAAUGCAAAAGGGGCUUUGGAGCAAUUUUUAUAGGAUUCUUUUGGGGGACAGGAGGAGGGUGGGGAUCCUUGAUGUGGCAACAGGAGUCUGAGAAUCCACCUCUGUAUUAUAGGAGUGCAUAAUGAAUCCAGUCUGACUUCUUAAUCUGUUCAUUAGUAACUGAUGCUUAUGUAAAAUCCUUCUAAACAUUUGUGUUCAGUUUUAUAAGUCCUUUUUUAAUUUCAAUAAAUAGUAAGUUUUUAUGGUAAA